ACUGUGAGGAAUGGGGACUAGUGGAACCAACUGGUCCCUGCCAGUCAGGGUAUUUUUGUCUAGCAGGCAUAAAUUUUAGGAACCCUGAUGGGAACUUUAGCACAGGGGUAGGGGGAGCAUGUCCUCCAGGCCAUUACUGUCCUGAAGGCACUAGCCAACCUCUUCCCUGCCCACUCGGAACCUUUUCAAGCAGCCUUUAUAUCACAGAGAGCUCAGGCUGCAGUUUGUGUCCACCGGGGCAGUUCUGUGGAUCUGUUGGCCUAAGCAGGCCGUCUGGACCAUGCCAUGAAGGAUUCUAUUGUCCUGGUGGUGCCAUUUCCGCCACAGGUGCUGGCACAGAGGGUGGGCUCUGUCCCCAAGCACACUACUGCCCACUAGGCAGUGUCAUGCCUUUUUCCUGUCCAGCCGGUACCUACACAAACCUUACCGGCCAAAUAAAAUGUACCCUCUGCCAUGCUGGAUACUACUGCCCAGAGAGCACCAGCAACUAUACAAAGUUUCCAUGCCCUCCUGGAUUCUACUGCCCUGAUGGUACAAGACAUGCCACACAGUUCCCAUGCCCAAGAGGCUACUAUAACCCUGAGCCUAUGACCCAAAGCCUGGACAGCUGCCUUCCAUGCCUGCCAGGCCACUACUGUGAGAAGGAAAGACUGACAGCCGUGUCUGGGAAAUGCAAAGCUGGCUGGUUUUGUGUCUCUGCAGCCUGGAACCCUCAACCCUUCGAUCUGGACAACUACACAAGUGCUAAUUGUCUGUGUCCAGCCUCCUCCACUGGAGGACGAUGUCAGGCAGGGUACUUCUGCCCAGCAGGCAGCUCUGAGCCUAUACCUUGCCUUCCUGGAGCCUUCUGCAAUGCCAUAGGUCUGGCUUUGCCAAGUGGUCCCUGUGCUGCAGGUUAUUACUGCACUGGGGAAGCAACUCAGUCUAAACCAACAGAUGGCAUCACUGGUGAUAUUUGUCCUCCUGGCUCCUAUUGUGCUGAAGGCUCUAGCGAGCCGGAGCCCUGUCCAGUGGGAACAUUCUCUGCAGUAGCAGGUCUGAAGCAUCGAUCUCAGUGUCAGUCAUGCAGAGCCGGUCACUACUGCAGCACGAGAGGCCUAAGAGCUCCUACUGCGCCUUGCAGUCAGGGUUAUUGGUGUCCCCCUGGUCAGACUGACGACCUAGCUCUACCUUGUCCGCUCGGUCAUCAAUGUCCCCUAGGAAGCCCUGCCCCAGUUCUCUGCCCCUCUGGGACUUACCAGGACAAGCAGAAGCAGGCCAACUGCACAGUCUGUGAAGAGGGUUUUUACUGUGACGAGAGCUUUGGCAUCAAUAAUGUAUCUGUCCUGCAGUCAUGUCCUAAAGGAUAUUACUGCCCUAAAGGAACCCGCUAUGCCACUCAGUUUCCUUGUCCCGUUGGAAGCUACAACCAAAAAGAGGGCAUGGUCAGCCUAAACAGCUGCCUUCUGUGUCCAGUAGGACACUUUUGCCCAUUUGCAGGCUUAGCAGAGCCUGCAGGCUUAUGCAUGCCUGGGUACUGGUGCAGAGAGGGCUCCCACUCAGCCAGUCCUUCUGCUGGAUCCACAGGAUCACUUUGUCCAGUCGGACACUACUGCCCUAAAGGCACUACCAGCCCCUUGGCAUGUCCAUUAGGCACCUUGUCAAACAGCACAGGCCAGAGGAGUGAAGACGACUGCCAGCCGUGCCCUGGAGGAUUCUACUGUGCUAGCACUGCCCUCUCUCUGCCAACUGGACUCUGCUCUGAAGGAUUUUAUUGCAUUGAGAAAGCAGCAACCCCCAUGCCUACUGAUGGAACCUCAGGAAACAUGUGCCCACAUGGUCAUUACUGUCCGAAUGGAAGCACUCAACCUCUGCCAUGUGAUCUGGGGACAUUUAUGUCUGCCACACAGGCCUCUCAGUGCUGGCCCUGCACAGCUGGCUGGUACUGUGUGGAUGGGGCUCGCUUACCAUGUCCACAAGGUUAG